AAGACGAGAAAAGGCGAGCGCCAAGGCCAGCCCACUUCAGGACGAGGCUCGAUCCCGGGUUCGGCUGGCGGCCGGAGCGCGCGUCAGUUGUGCGCGGGACACGGCCAGAGGUAGUGCGGCGGAGGAGGGUGUUCGUUUCGUCGUCCUUAACUUCAUCUUUCCCUCUGGUGGCUUUUGAAGAUAUAACAAAGCUGAGCACCAAGAAAGAUAGAAGUGAAAACAUCAACUCAAACGAGCCUACGAGGAUUUAUUGCUACCGUGUUAAACCCUCCUGAGAGUUGCUUUAAGUGCUUUGCUGGAAUAUGGCAAUAAGAGGGACUACAGAGAUCCUUAAAACCCGUCUUUAAGGACAGCAGAAGAAACAGGAAGAAUGGAAGCCUCAUACGCCGCUAGCGCCGCCGUUGCUCCGACUCCUCCACCAAUCACCUCGUCCCCAGGUUACCUGCUCAGGAUGUUUCGGGAGUAUCAAAGCAACGCCGUCAUCAUGGCCCAUUACAACUUCACCGGAAAGCUGAAAGAGAACAAAUACCGAGACGGACUGAAACCCGAGGCCAUCGUGUUUCUCAUCAUCUGUCUUCUCAUUGUGGUGGAAAAUGCCAUCGUUUUGGUGGCAAUAUGGAAGAACAAAAAAUUCCACAUGCCCAUGUACUACUUGCUGGGCAGCUUGACGCUCUCAGAUUUGCUCGCAGGCUUCACCUACAUGGUGAACAUCGUGACUUCUGGCGCAAACACUCUCAAAAUGACUCCAGUGCUGUGGUUUCUUCGAGAAGGCGGCGUGUUUAUCACACUUUCUGCGUCUAUCAUCAGUCUCCUCGCCAUCGCUAUCGAGCGACACGUCACGAUGGUCCGGAUGAAGCCGUAUCAAGGGGCCAAGCGAGGCCGGAUGUUCGGUUUGAUCGGCGCGAGCUGGCUUCUUUCGGUGCUCCUCGGCAUUCUCCCCAUCAUGGGCUGGAAUUGCAUCGGACAUCUGGACGAAUGCUCCACCGUCUUGCCUCUUUACGCCAAGAGCUUCAUCCUCUUCUGCAUUACGGUGUUCACCCUGGUGCUGAUGUCCAUUGUGGUGCUCUACAUGCGCAUCUUCCGCAUUGUGAAGUCCAACACCCAGCGGUUAGGCUGCGGCCCUCAGCGCAAAGGUCUGGCCAGGAAGUCCCAGAAGUAUCUGGCUCUGCUGAAGACGGUCACCAUCGUUCUCGGGGUCUUCAUCGCCUGCUGGUUGCCUCUCUUUGUGCUUCUUCUGCUGGACUUCUUCUGCCCGGCUCAGGGCUGCGAGGUGCUGUUCAAAGCGGACUACUUCCUGGGUAUCGCCAUGAUCAACUCGCUCCUGAACCCCAUCAUUUACACCCUGACUAGUAAAGACAUGCGGAGAGCCAUUCUGAGACUGGUCUGCAGCUACUGUCUGAUAUCAAAAGAUGGACAGGUGAAGAAGUUUGGCAUGCCUUUCCUGGACUGCAGCACCAGUAAGGUUGAGGUGCCUUCACAAAGGCUGGAGGGCUUGGAGACGACGGUCUCUUCUGGGAACUUCACACCAUCCACUAUUAAAGCUAUUUACCCGAGGAUACUGAAGAGCUGAGGAAGAACAGCGCAUUGAGACGAUGCUGCCUUAAUGGACAGUUCAACUACUUCAUGCUGAAUAUUUGUAAAACCGGACAAGUACGAGGUGCUCGGAAAUGAAUUCAGAAGACGUUGGAUGAGAUGGAAGUCAUAAAUGUUGCGUUUUGGACUAUAGAGUAGAAGACUUGGAUUCCUCCGCAUGCAUUAUAGCAAACCACGAGGUUUCCAGAAAGCGUGGUAGACCAGACAAGAUUUCUUUUUUACUGUGAUAAAUACCAGUGUUUAAAAUGGAUUGUCUGUGGGUCAGACUCGCAUUACAAGAGCUGCGGUGCCUUUUUAAAAAUAGGAGGUUCAACGGCAAACAAAAAGCGGUUAUACAGCUGAACGUGAUGCAUUGUGCAAAUGUGCUCUGCAAAGAACUCCUCAGAUGUUAUACGAGUCUCGCGUGAGCAUUUUCAAAAAUAACGAGCCGGUGCUGUUCAGAGAUUUUGUGGUGAAAACACGCACAGAAAAUGACUGGUUGGUGCCUCCACACACAAGCACGUUAGUCCUCGGGCAUUUUAACAAUACAUACGCAGGCAAAUAAAAACUAUAAGGCAAGCGACUAUUUUUAAAUCGGUAAAUGUUUCCUUUUAUACUUGUACUUUUGGGUUUUCAUGUUAAAGCUCCCCUUAAAAAUGUAAGUAUGCUAUACUUUUCUAUAUUUUUGGCUUAUACAGGAAAUAUAGUUUCGGAGACGCAAGCUAUAUAAAUAUUGUAUAUUUUAUAAAUAUUGUGAGAAAGUUUUUAUGUUGUUGUAUGGAAUGGCAUCGUUCAUGUGUAGCAGUCUGCAGUGAUAAAAACAGCACUGACAUUCAAGCAAUAUUGCAUUUCUGUAAAACUGUCUGUGUACUGAAAACAAUGCAUUCGUGUGUUUAAAUGUAUUUUGUCGAUCCUAAAUUAUGAGCCUUAAAAACAAAUCUUUUAUAAGUGCAUUAAUUAAAAGUGUUUUCUUGCA